AUGAUCAACACAACAAGAUCGAAGGACGUGUCGACGGGCGGCAAGAGGGGCCUGACAGGGAGGUCCGUGCAGGACCUGACGGAGAGAGGCGACUCGAAUCACAUGGAAGACGAGAAGGAUCCGUGGGGAAAAGUUAUCCUCUGCUGCUCCUCUCGUUGUCGUGGCCCCGACCAGACCGUGCCUGCGAUGGUGAGGAGCAACCUCGACGGGGAGGGCAGAGGCUCAAACGAUAAGCUCCAUCUCCGGUCGACCGGCAAGGCAACCCCAACGGCACGGCACCUCCGUACCUACAAUUGGGCUGACUUCCAUCAAGAGAAUAACAGGCUCCAGCCGGGCAGAUGGAUCUCGUCAGCAACCCAGGCAACUAAAUCCAAGGGAUCCAUUGCCGUCAGGAAGGAAGCAGGGACCUUGUGCGGUGCGUCGUGGUCGGAAUCGAGCUCGGGUCCUCGUCCUCCUCCGCGUCGUGGUCAUCCUCACUUCCUUGGGAGUCUGACGCCGACAGCGAGCACCGCAACUGUUCGCGGAAGAAGGCGCCACUUAUGA